AUGAACACCAUUUUGACUGUAAAUAAAACAAACGAACUUGGUGAGAAGAAUGAAAAGAAUGAAAGUUUAUAUGAACCAAGCUCCGACAUAGACAACAAUAUAAUUUUAAACAUUAACUCAAUGAAUAGUGAACAUAAGAAAUAUUUUUUAAAUAAUUAUAUAUCAAAAAUAAAAUAUAUGAGAAGUAGUUAUUCAAAACCUAAGUAUUAUGAAAUAUUAAAUGUUAAUGUAAAAUCGGAUGCUAAGACAAUACGUAAAAGUUAUUUAGCCUUGUCUAAAUUAUUAAGUGUGAAUAAAAAGUUGUCAAGAGAAUAUGAAGAAUGUUAUUAUUUAAUUCAGAAAUCAUAUAAAAUAUUAACAAAUAAAUUUGAGAAAUUUUAUUAUGAUGUAUUAAAUAAUUAUAUUGAUGAAAAUACUAUAGAAGAACAAAGAUAUAUGUUAGAAAAAGAAGCUGAUAUUAUUUAUGCAAAUAAAAUUGAAGAAUUAAAAGAUAUAUAUGAAAUUAAAAUAAAAGAAGAACAAAAUAAAAAUGGAUUAAUUAUAGAAAAAGCAUUAUAUGGUGAUUUAUCGUUAAAAGAAGAAUGUAUAAAUAAUUGUUUUAAUAUUGAAUCUAUAUCUGAACAACAUUUACAAGGUCCAUAUAUUGAUUUAACAAAAAUAUUACAAUGUAAAGUUGAAAAUAGUUCUUUGUUAUAUAAUGAUGAUUUUUCUUUUGCUUAUUUUUGUGAUAUACCAAAACCUUUAAUUAAAAUUUCUAGUAAACAAACAAAAAAAAAAUUAUAUUCACAUAUAUUACAAGAUACAGAAAUGUAUUUAUAUAUAAAAUAUAAAUUCUUAAAUGUAUAUCAUGAACUUAUAGUUGUGGACAGAUCAAACUUUUCUUUACCACAAAGUUCUCAUAGAGUUUUUGGAGAUAGAAUUAGUGGCCCUUUCUCACCAGUUAAUGUUUUAAAAAUGACACAUAUAUCAAGUUCUUUCAAAGAUAAUAUACUUAAAUUUUUCUCAAAAAAUAAAUUUUAUAUUACUUUAUUUACAACCAUAGUUUUAUGUGCCCAAUCGAUCAAAAUUAAAAUGAAUAAGUUGGAAUGA